AUGGGUACCCUCAGAGACCUGCAGUUCGCCCUUCAGUUGAAGAUUGAGGAGUUACGGCAGAGGGACGCGCUAAUUGACGAGCUGGAGCUGGAGUUGGAUGCUAAAGACGAUCUCAUUAGGCGCCUGCAGGGGGAGCUAGACCGCCUGCGACUCACCCUCAGCGCCCCUGGGACCUCAGGGAGCACUGCCGUCAGUACGUCUCUGAGGACAAAACGACAGGCUGUCGUGUGUGAACCCACCUCUGUGGACCCCAAACAUCUGCUGGAGACACUUCCUGACAGCCACAGCAAGAGCCUAGAGUCUCAGAGGCUAAUAGAGACAGCUCUGUUGGAGAGUGAGUGUGUGCGGUACAUGGGCCGGGGACAGGUUCAGGCUCUGGUCGACUCGGCGUAUUCAGUGACGCUCGGUCAGGGGGCCUGUCUGGUCCAGGAGGGUGAGGAGGGAUCCCAAGCCUAUGUCAUAGAAGAGGGAAAAAUGAAAGUGUCCAGGGCAGGCCAGAGGCUGCAGACCGUUGAACCAGGCCGUCUGUUAGGAGAACUGGCACUCUUCCAUAGUUACACUCGUUCAUCUACCCUCACAGCUCUGGUGAACUGUAAGGUGUGGGUGUUGGAACAGAAGGACUUUCGGACCAUCGUGCAGAGGAGUUCUCUUCUCAGAACCUCACACACACUGGACUUACUGCGCAGUGUCCCUGCAGUCAGCUCUCUGCCCCAACAACAACUCAUUCACCUGGCCCACAGUCUGAGAGAGUGUCACUACAACAACAGCGAUUUCAUCAUCCGACCAGGCUGUGCUGUGGACUCACUCUUCAUUGUGAGCCGAGGGCAGGUCAGAGUGACAGAGAGGCAUUCGGUCAGUGAGGAGCCAGUUGGUCUGUCCACUCUCUCUAGGGGAGACUGUUUCGGAGAGACCGGCCUGAGAGGAGACGACAUGAGGAUGCGGAGUGUGGUUGCCGUGGGCAACGUUACGUGCCUGGUCAUAGACAGAGAAUCCGUCAGAAAGUUGACCGGAGGCUCAGAAGACGCUGCUAAAAACACCUCCGAGACCAACCAACACAAAACAAACAGGUCGGACGAGGAUGGUACUUUACCAUGUGUUGUGACCCUCAGUGACCUCCAGGUCCUGUGUGAACUGGGAGAGGGCCAGUUUAGCCAUGUUAAACUGGUUCACGUGAAGGGUGAUGUUCGGAGGCUGUAUGCUCUGAAGAUGGUGCGGAAAUGCUCUCUUCUGAGCUCAGGGCAGCAGGAACGAGUCCUGACAGAGAGACAAAUCUUAAUGGAAGCACACAGCCCAUUCAUAGUCAGGCUGUAUCAGACUUUCAGAGACUCUGUGUGUGUGUAUGUGCUGAUGGAGGCCUGUCUGGGUGGAGAUUUAUGGAGUUUACUUAAUCGCAGGGGUGUGUUUGGUGACGAGGCCUGUCGGUUCUAUGCUGCUGGUGUGUCAGAGGCUCUGGUCUACCUGCACAGUCACAAUAUUGUCCACAGAGACGUGAGACCAGAGAACGUUUUGCUCGAUCAGCGUGGAUACCCCAAACUGACGGGUUUUGGCUGUGCUAAGAGGCUGGAUUCACUGGAAUCAGCUGACUCAGUGGACUCACUCGGCUCGGUGGGCAGGUGCUGGUCGUUCUGUGGGACGCCCGGUUACCUGGCUCCUGAGGUCAUUCUGCUGAAAGGUCACGGGGUGGCGGUGGAUAUUUGGGCUCUGGGAGUGUUUGUGUAUGAGCUCCUUGCUGGCAGUUCUCCGUUCCUGAGUACAGACCUGAUGAGCACGUACUCCGCGGUUCUGAAGGGGAUCGAUGCUGUGGACUUCCCAAAAAGCAUCGGCAGCACCGCAGCCGGCAUCAUUAAGACACUCUGCAGGAGUGACCCCUCAGAGAGACUGGGCAGCCAGAGGAACGGGGUUAAAGACAUCCAAAGACACCAGUGGUUUGAAGGGUUUGACUGGGAAGGCCUUAAGCAGAAUACCCUCACCUCACCAGUCAGCCCCAGUGAGAUCUCCGAAGGGGAUUAUGGAAAAUCUGAUUCCUUCUCCGAAGAGCAGACAAAUCCGGCGUCCGUGGAUGGUGCGGAUUGGGACAAAGACUUCUGUUCCAGUCCGCAUUAA